AUGGAAGAUGGGACAGAAGUGGAGGAUCAGGAGUACUUUGAAGUUCUCCCCAAUAAUACUAUCUUGCUGCUGCUUAAGAAAGGGGAGGUCUGGGAGAGAAGCAACCCAGAAAGUCAAGAUGAAGUCAAGAAAGAAGAUGACGUUCCAAAAUCUGAAGUACUUGGACUUUUAGAAAAAAUAAGAAAGAGGAAGGGAACAUCAGCAAAGGUUAGGUGUGCAGACAACCAGCAUGAUGAAGCCACACUGGCCAUUGGAUGGACUGCAAGGAAUUAUUUAACUGCUCAUGAUGACUUGCCACCAGAAACAGUCAACAAAUUCUUUAGGUCAGUAAGAGAGUUCUAUUGCACAACUACAGAGACAAUGGUGAAGAAAUUCCCUUUCAAUGAUAAGGUGCUCAAAGGAAUUGGUUUUCUGAAUCCCAGCACUAAAGACAAAAUAUCUACAGAUGACAUAGUCAGUUUGUCUGAGAGAUUUUGUAGUUUCAGCCAGGAAGAGAAGAGAAAACUAGAAGAUGAAGCUGCAGAAUAUAUCUUAACCCCAUUAUCUGACCUUCCAAAAUUUGACCCAGACACAACAACACUCAACCAAUAUUGGAAUUCCUUGGGGAAACUGAAAUUACCAAGAGGUCAGAAACAGUUUCAGCACCUGUAUAACCUAAGCAAGAAUGUGCUUACCCUCCCUCACUCCAAUGCAGAUACAGAGAGAGUUUUUUCAGUGUUGAAAAAAAUACAGUCAGACUCUAGGGACAACCUUGCCGACAAGACAAUACAUAGUUUACUAAGUAGUAAGAUUAAUAAUCCUAUAGAAUGCCACCAGUAUAAGCCAGAGCCAGAAGUUGUGAAAGUAGCCAGGACUGCUUGUGCCUUGUAUAAGCAGUCUAUUUUAAGUUCUUAA